UGAAGAUGAUGAAAACGGGGUCUCGGCCGGGCACCUCGCUGCCGCCGGAUACCAUGGACAUCAUCCGCAGCAAGACCCACACCCGCCGAGUGAGGCUCAACGUCGGCGGCCUCCUCCACGAAGUCCUGUGGAGGACGCUGGACAGGCUGCCCCGCACUAGACUGGGCAAACUGAGAGACUGCAACACCCACGACUCCAUCAUGGAGAUAUGCGACGACUACAGCUUAGAUAACAACGAGUACUUUUUCGACAGACACCCCGGCGCCUUCACCUCCAUCCUGAACUUCUACCGCACCGGAAAGUUGCACAUGAUGGAGGAAAUGUGCGCGCUCUCCUUUAGCCAAGAGCUGGACUUCUGGGGCAUCGACGAGAUCUACCUGGAGUCCUGCUGCCAGGCCAGGUACCACCAGAAAAAGGAGCAGAUGAAUGAAGAGCUAAAGAGGGAGGCCGAGAACAUGAGGGAGAGGGACGGAGAGCAGUUUACGACCACGUGUUGUUCCGAGAAGAGGAAGAAACUCUGGGACCUCCUGGAGAAGCCCAGCUCAUCGUUUGCUGCUAAGAUCCUGGCAAUUAUCUCCAUCCUCUUCAUUGUGUUGUCAACCAUUGCCUUGUCUCUGAAUACCCUUCCGGAGCUACAGGACACAGAUGAGUUUGGUCAGUCCACAGACAAUCCACAGCUAGCCCACGUCGAAGCAGUUUGCAUUGCCUGGUUUACCAUGGAGUACCUGCUUCGCUUCCUCUCCUCCCCCAACAAGUGGAAGUUCUUUAAGGGUCCUCUGAAUAUCAUCGACCUGCUGGCCAUCCUGCCCUACUACGUCACUAUCUUCCUGACAGAAUCCAACAAGAGUGUGCUGCAAUUUCAGAAUGUUCGCCGCGUGGUUCAGAUUUUCCGGAUCAUGCGGAUCUUGCGAAUUUUGAAGUUGGCUCGUCAUUCCACGGGUCUUCAGUCUCUCGGCUUCACUCUCAGGAGGAGCUACAAUGAGCUGGGCCUCCUGAUCCUCUUCUUGGCCAUGGGCAUCAUGAUAUUCUCCAGUCUGGUGUUCUUUGCUGAAAAGGAUGAAGAGGACACAAAGUUUAAAAGCAUCCCAGCUUCCUUCUGGUGGGCUACCAUUACUAUGACCACAGUUGGCUACGGAGAUAUAUACCCAAAAACUCUGCUGGGAAAGAUAGUUGGAGGUUUGUGCUGCAUCGCCGGAGUACUUGUGAUAGCCCUGCCUAUCCCAAUCAUCGUGAAUAACUUCUCUGAGUUCUACAAAGAGCAAAAGAGGCAAGAGAAAGCCAUCAAAAGAAGGGAGGCUCUGGAGAGGGCGAAGAGAAAUGGUAGCAUUGUUUCUAUGAACAUUAAAGAUGCAUUUGGUCGCAGUGUAGAGCUCAUGGAUAUACUGGUGGAAAAUACUGAUGAAAAGAAGGAGAAGAUGCAUGAUAAUCAUGUGUCUCCUGGUCAGCAGAAAGGGACACCCAAACUUAAGUCAAACUUGAGCCCCAGCAACACCACCAAGACACUCGAACCGAGCUACCAAGAGCAGGCCCAGCCCCCCAGCAGCCCUCAGCAUCUUAGCGUGCAGAAGCUGGAGGAAAUGUACAACAAGAUGGCUAAGACCCAGUCACAGCCCAACCUCAACAGCAAGGAAAAAGGGCAGCCAUCCAAAGCAGUUAGGCAGAGAGCUGAAUUAGAGAUGGGAGGCAUCCCCGCUGAAGCAAUCUCAAGCAAAGCAGAGGUAGUUGCAGACAUGAGGAGUAUGUCAAGCAUUGACAGCUUCAUCAGCUGUGCCACUGACUUUCCUGAGAGCUCUCGUUUUUCCCACAGCCCUGUCAGCAACAUGCCAGGGAGGGUCAGCACCAACCCCAGCCUGGAGCCCACCUUGGAAAAUGAGAAUGAAGGAUCCCAGGGCACCAAUACACCCCUGACAGGACGAGGCACCAAGCCCGGCCCGUAUUCUGACAGCCCCAGGGGUCUGCGCAUCAACAACCCACUCAAAAGCCACUCGCUCAAGGUCAACUUCAGAUGUGGGGAGGAUUCAGGGACAGGGGCCCUCUCAGACAGCUCUUCAGUCCAGAGCCCCGAGGUGUCCGUCUACACAACUGCCAGCAGCAGGACACCCAGCAAGAGCCCGGAAAAUGUACCACCCAGCAGCCUCUUCACAUUCCACGAUGCAUCCAUCAGUAAAUUCAUUGAUGCCGACACAGAUGAGGAGGAGCACCUGCACGAUGGCGCAGGUACCAACCCAUCACAGAAACUCCUGGAAAGAGCCAGCCCCAAGUUUGGCCAUCACUCCAGCUUCCAACAAGGGGCCAACCACAUGGAGGGCCUGCAGAUGAAGCUAGGGAACAGCACACUGCCACUGGAAGGGCAGGAGAACCAUGUGGCUCAGGAACUACAGCCGCUUCAGGGAGAGAAGAGUCACUCUAACGCUUAAAGUUACAAUAAGGGAGAUAGACUCAGAGGAAACAUA